ACAGUCGAUAACUGCGAGAUCUGGUUUUAUCAUUAUGAGAGUUAAAUUAAGCUUUAUUUUUUUAUUACUAAAAUUAGUACUUUUCUACUCAUCUACCGACGUAAAUGGAAAAGACGAUGACGAUUUACAAUCGUUUAUGUAUAGAGCUCGUCAACGGUUACAUAACAUGGCUGUACUAAAACCAACUGGCUCCGAAAUAACCACUGCGAUACGGGAUUCAACGGUUUCUCAAGAUAUUCAAAUUGACGUACUGCAACAGUUCUUCUACGUUGGACAGUAUCCGGUUGAUUUAAUUCGGCUAAUGAACAAGUCCAAGACGUUGUGUUCCAAGCCGAUUACGUUUAGCGAUGACGAAAUAACAACACUGACCUCCAGUCACAACGACCAACAACGACGACAAAACCGAAUUGUCACUCAAAUGAAAUUUUACCGGAAAUUACAAGAAAUGCAAUGCGCGAAUUACGUGCAAUUGAAGUUCAUUUUGCCGGAUGUCGAAGGCUCUUUGGAAGUCAUUGCCGAUUAUGUGUACAAUAUAAUAGACAUGGCGUACAAAGGGAAAUUCGUAGUGAGCGCGUGGCUUUGGAAACUGCAUUUAAAACUACUGGCACUGCGGGAGUUCACUUUAGGCAGGCAAACGUUUCUGAAUAAUCACUUGCCGGAAAUCGACAAAACCCUAAUCAAACUGAUAGCGCUGUGCCGACAAAACGAAUACCUAAUGAAAAACUACGACUACACGAUAAAACAUUACAGCAACGGAGCUGCUCGUCGUCAUCUGUUGUUUGAUGGUAUUUUGAAAAUCUACGAUCAAAAAUAUCACCGUUUCGUCGCGAACAACGAACGACGGUACACACUGCACAUCGGUCUCCAACAUCUUCUGCUGAGUUCGAUGUGGAGGUUUAAAAGAGAUUUGUUCUACGACAUUUCCGGCCUCCGCUCCGACUGGGAGAGUGUGUACAAUGAAUUCGAAAAGUAUAACGCGAGUAUGGAAAAUCAAUACGAGAACGGAGAAUGGACGGCACAACCGUUGGAGUUCAUCAAAUAUCAGGAAAUAGUUUUGGACGUCAUAAAGGCAAAAGUGUACAGUUACAUUUGGAUCCAUUUGGUUGCUUACCAAGCCGGAGAACGCGUCGCUCCGAGCGAUCACGAUUCUUUUAUAUUUCGCAUAAAUUUUGGAAUCGGAUUUAUUUACACUGACGACCAGAUCUUUAACGAAGUACUAAUUGCAAUUUGUGACAUACGCGGAUCCGACGACGGGAAGAUAAACGAUACCGUAAGAAUAUUGUCACGCGAAGUAAACCGUAUCCUGAGCAAUUAUACUGAACCGAAUCACUACGAACAGGCCAGAAUCGAUAGUGGGUUUAUUGAAAGAAUAUGUAAAAUGGAAAAUUCAACAUUGCUAAAAGACAUUGGUUAUAAUUUUGAUCGGUUCAUUAGCACGGCUCAAAGACAUUUGGAUGGAUUAAAUCUGAAUCUUUUAUUAUUUUACAUUAUUGGAAACAAAACCAUCGACUACGUAUUACCGAAUAAACGAUAACGGUACUUGUAAUAUCUGUUAAAUAAAAGUACACAUUCGAUUAUAAAAAAAAAUAUUCGGCGGCUAUAAUAUGAUAACCGGUCACUUUCUAAAAAAAAUAGGUCAUCGUACAACACCAGCCACCCAAAAUCCAUGUACCUAAAUGUUUAAAAUAAUAUUCGUUUAUCACACUUUUACUUCUAAGCCAACCAGAAAGAUAAUCAAACAGCAUUAAAUAAAAAAAUUCACGUUUAGAUUCUUUAGUAAAUGCAAAAAAAAAAAAUGGAGACAUAGUGUGGCGUUUUGAAAACAUUUUAGAACUAUAUAAAU